AUGGCAGACUAUGUAAUUCAGAACCUCACUAGCAAUCUCCAAGCCAUGCAGUAUGCGUACUCAUCUCGUGAGGAGAUGCCUGUUUGGGCUACGAAACUUCUCACCCCUAUUUUCAUGGCGGUCGCUGUCCUAACCACUCUGCCUCCCCCGGGUCCUCUACGCGUCAUUGUCGGGCUUACAGCUUUCACUAGUCUAUGGCUUCAUGUCCUGACUCAUUGGGUCUCCGGACCUGCGUUCUUUAUGGAUGCCAUAUUUAUGAUCUCGAUCACCGUGCGCUGGCUUCUCAUGUUCGUGGCAGGGACACCUGAGAUCGACUAUCACCAGACUACCCAAUCCGGCACAACGAUCACUCAUAAGGGCACAAAGGAUAGCAGUACUCUUCGUCAAGGGUUGACUAAAUUGAGGUGGAGCGUGGAGCUCUGGUCGUGCUGGCGGGGCCAGGGGUGGAAUUUCGUGGACCAGCACCUUCCACGGGGCGCCGAACGAACACAGUCACGCUGGGAGUUCCUUGUUUCCAAUGCAGGAAGAGUCCUGUUGAACCAAUACAUCUCAGACCUGGUCCGAAAGUACGCAUUCUGUGCACUCUGGCCCGCUCAGGUCGACGCCCAUGUCGACUUCAGUUCCCUUCCUCUGCUCAACAGACACGGACUCGUGGCUCUGCAGUUAAUUCGUGAUAGUCUGAUGCUGGACAGCGAAUACCGAAAGGCUUCAAUACUCUUCGUGGGACUCCAUCUAUCAACACCCGAUCGCUGGCCCAGCCUCUUCGGCAAUAUGCGCGAUCUCUACACAGUGCGCAAUUUCUGGGGACGCGUCUGGCAUCAGAUUUUCCGACAGAUCUUUACGAGGUGUGGCGAUAUUGUCGCCAAUGCUCUUAAUGCGCAGAAAGGGACAUUACUUUAUAAGUACAGCAGGCUUUAUGUGGGGUUUCUGGUAUCGGGAGUCCAGCACUAUGCCUGCGCAUUACUGAUUCCAUCCGCUGAAUAUGGCUGGGGGAUGUUUUGGCAGAUGCCAGCCUAUGCGGCAGUCGUCACCGUCGAGGAUAUUCUUAAGUAUUACGGCAGAGAGGCGGGUAUUCAAGACGGCAACUUUGUUCGUUUUCUCGGUUAUAUUUGGACAGCUUAUUGGAUGACGCUUAUCUAUGCUCUGCCUGUUGGCUUUGUGUCCGACAUUGGAGGGUUCACUGGCGAUGGUAACUUUCAGCUGAGCGAUCCUUGUGUUUCAUGCAGUUCUACUAGUAUACCGGUAUCGGGCUUUGAGAGCAUAGACCUGGAGUUCGGUCUUUGGUAG